AUGGGGGAGGCCAGCAGAAUGGAGGGGUGGCCAGUGGGGGAUGUGCUGCCCACCCCAGCUCCUGAGGUGCUGGAGACAGUGCUGAGCCAGCGCUUUGGCCCCUUGCCCCGCGCCGCCACCAUCGCCCGCCUGCGCAAGCAACCAGACGGGGGCUACGAAGCGGUCAGCAACCUGGAGGACAUCAAGAACCUGAACAGCGGCUUCGCCCGCCUGAAGGCCCUGGUGCCCCUGAUGCCCCGGCACCGCAAGCCCAGCAAGGUCGACAUGCUGCGGGCGGCCGCCCACUACAUCCGCCUGCUGCGCCAGGUGCUGGCCGACGCGGGGAGCUGCCCG